AUGACUUGUUGUUCGGGUAAAAAAACAGAUGGUAAAGAUCCACAACUAACUAGAAUUGAGUAUUUAAUUACAAUAAAAACAGGUAAUUAUGAAAAUUCAACUACAAAUGGACCUGUCUAUAUAAAAAUUUUUGGUCAUGAUAAUAAACAAACUGAAGAUUUACUUUUAACGAAUUCUUCUAAUGAUAAAUCAUUUCAAGCAGAUUCAAUAAAAAAAAUUUCGGUUAAAGGUGCUGAUAUUGGUAAACCACAACGUAUUAUUAUUCGACAUGAAGAUAAUCAAAAUGAAUGGUUUAUUGAUUAUGUUGAAAUAUCAGUUCAUGAAUUUUUUGUUAAUCGAUGGUUAAGUGCAACAAAAUAUGAUCGACAAGUAUCCGUUGAACUUUUUGGUUCUGAACAACCAGCUGCUUUAUAUAAUGUAGAACUUCAGACGAGUAGUGAACAAACUGAACCUCUAGAUUCACCAGUCUAUAUACAAAUACACGGAACAACAACAAGAACACCAAAAAUUUUCUUAGAACCACAAAAUGGAUCAUUUACGAAAGAUUCAACAGCAAAAUUUGAUAUUUCCAGUAAUGAUGUUGGAGAGAUUCAAAAAAUUGUAAUUGGACAUGAAGGUAAUGGCACCGUUAAUGAUUGGCAUUUAAAAAAUGUUAAAGUACAAACAAGCGCAGAACAACAAAAAUUUACUGUUAAUAAAUGGUUAAGUAGCACAAAAGAUGAUCAACAAUUAUUUGUUGAAUUAAAUCGUGACGAGAUACCUUCACUUGAAAUCUAUUCGGUGACGAUACAAACAGCAGAUGUUCAACAAACUGAUACAAUAGAAAAUAUUGAAAUGAUUAUUCAUGGAUCAAAUGGACAAAUUGAUAAAAUCUUAUUAAAAGAUCACAUUAAAUCAGACGAACAACAAAUUUUUCAACAAGGAAGUUUAGAUGAAUUUGAAAUAAAAGAUGAAGAUAUUGGAGAUAUUGAAAGUAUUACAAUUGGAUUUGAUGAUAAUGAACAAAAAUCUGCUUGGUUAUUAGAAUCUGUCAAUAUUAAAUAUAAAGAAAUAGUUUAUCAUUUUCAAGCACAAUGUUGGCUAUCAAGUCGUCUAGGAUCUAAUUUUAGUUGGAUAACAAUCAAACCUGAUACAAAUAAUGAUAAUAUCAAUUACAAAGUAAUUAUUGAAACGGGUGAUUCUCAAAUUGAUGCUAAUGUAAUAUUAUGUAUUUAUGGUGAUAAAGAUACAACAAAAAAUCUACCUUUACGUACAAUAAAAGAUGGUACACAAGCUAAAUUUGAUAGAGACAGUCGUUUAGAAUUUAAUUUAAAAGCUAUUGAUGUCGGAAAAAUUGAAAAGAUUAAUAUUGGACAUGAUGGUAAAGGUAAUGAACAAAAAUGGUUUCUUAAAGCAAUUGAAAUUGAAAAGAAUGAUGAAUAUUAUUUAUUUAAAGCUUAUCGAUGGUUAAGCGAAGAAGAAGAAAAUUUUAUUGAUCUUUUAUCAGAAGAAACACUUGACAAAGAUCAAACUCUGUAUAGAAUUAAAAUUGUUACAAGUUCAGAGAAUGAUUCAGGUACAGAUUCAAGUGUAUUUAUGAAAAUUUAUGGUGAAAAUGAUCAAACAAAAAGAUUUCAAUUGAUUACAACUGAAGAAGAUUCAAAAUCAUUAUUCAAACAGGGUAAAACAGAUCAAUUUGAUAUCAAAUUAAAUGAUGUCGGAAAUAUAAAAAAAAUUAAUAUCGCACAAGAUGGAAAAGGUCUUCAUCCAGUUUGGCAUCCCAAAACCAUACAAAUUCAAAAGGGAUCAGAAAUUUACAAAUUUUAUGCUGAUAUGAUACUAGACUUGUCCAUGUUAGAUAUUGACCUAACACCAAUACCACGGAUGCAACCAAGACGUUCUGAACCUAUCCAAAAAGAAACUCCAGAAAGUACCAUACCAAAGAGCGUAAUAAAAGUAAAAGUUUUGCUACGAUUUGGUUCACUUCAAAAAACUUCAAUUGAUGAUGGAAGUAAUUUAUAUAUGAUUAUAGUUGGAGAAAAUGGUCAAACAAAAAAAAUACCAUUAUUACCGAAUAAAAAAGGUGAAAUAGAAUUAAAAACAAACGAUGUUGGAAAAAUUUUGAAAAUUUUUCUUGGACAAGAUGAAAGUCAACAACAAGCUAUUUGGCAUAUUGACAACAUAAUAAUUAAACGAGGAAAUGAAAUAACAACAUUUAAUGUUGGACGUUCAAUUGAACAAAAUAUUAAAAUUGAACUAACACCUUCACCUAUUCGAAAACCUUCUGAACCCCCAUCAAUUGAUGCUGAAGCGAAAGAUGUUGAUUAUGAAAUAAAAACUACUACAGGCGAAAAAACAUAUGAUGGAAAAAUAACAUUUAAAAUUCGUGGUGAAUUUGGUAUAAUUACAAUUCCAUUAUCAAAAACAAAAAGUGGUGAAAAACCAUUUCAAUCAAAAGCUACUGAUGAAUUUACAUGUCGAACAACUGAUGUUGGAAAAAUUAGACGACUUAUAGUUGAAUAUAAUGGAACAAAAAAUGAUAAUACUUGGCAUUUAAAAAAACUUCAAAUUAUUAAAGGAAGUGAAGCUUAUACUUUUAACGCUAAUAUACGUCUUGAUUAUGAUGAAAAUAAAGUUAAUCUUUAUCCUGUUGAUCAAAGAAAAGAAGAUUAUGUACAAACUGAAUUACGUCGUUUAAGAGAAAAUCUUCAUAAUGAAUCAGUAAAAAUGCGUCGACCACUACAUAAAGCUCAUGAACCAUUUGUUUAUAAUGAUUUAAGACCAUAUUUUGACACUAGUGGUGUUGAAAAAGCGAUCCAUGAAUCGGCUUCAGUCCUACAACUUUGUCUUUCAAUGGCUGCACCUUAUGCUAUUUUCAGACGCUGA